GUACAACCGCUGUGUAGAACAUCCUGAUCACAUCACAACUGGAUAACAUGGCGGAGAUGUUUCUCAGUUGUUCUGAAACCUUUCCCGUUGACAUUGUAAGACUACGACGGUCUUCCUCCUUAACGUGUGUGUUGUAAUCGACGUGGGGCCUUUUUCAUCUGCUUUGCUGGCCUGCACGCCUCUUCUUCUCCCAAAAUGCUUUGUCAGCAGGCCUUGAUGCCUGCUAGUGAGCCAGAUAAAACCAUUCUAUUGUAGAGGCCAACCCCUCCACUCAGCACAUUGUACAUGGUCCAAUCUUUUGUUAGGUUGGAUUGAGCCGAACAAUACCUCAUUGUUACUUGUAACCAGACAGCCGUGAGCAACAAUGUCCAGGUCAGGAGAUAUACCAGCCCUGGAGUCUGGCACCCCAGAGGGACUCAUGGGAGGCAUGUCCCUACCCAUUGGCAUGACUCGCCGUGCCAUGAGCUAUGACGACAACAUGGAGGCACCUAUGUCCGAAGCUCCCUCUGACAUAAACAUCAACAACCUGUGGGGAAGAAGGCCUGUGGUUCCAGACAGGAAGUUCAGACGUCUAGCUGAGGAGGAUGAAUCCAAUGAGGCGCAAGCCACGCCAGCUGCGUUCGACCCUGGCCACCGGCCGCACAUGCCGGUCGUGGUGAAGGCGAAAGCCUCCUCCGUUAUCAUGAACUCUCUGAUGACCAAACAAACCCAGGACAGCAUGUACAAGUUUGAGCAGCAGGCUGGACUGAGAGACACUGGGUACACCCCGCACAAGGGCCUCACGGCCGAGGAGACCCGCCACCACCACCGCAUGCCGGAAUCAUUCCACAAAAUGAAUAUUCAAAGUAGGGACGUGGGUGCAGGACAGAAGGGAGGACAGGAGGACAGGCAAACGUCGUCAGCUCAGUCCAGCCCGAGCUGCACUCCUCAGAGCUCUCCCAAACAGAAACGCAGGGGUUGGUUUGGUGGCCAGAGCUCGAGUGCGUCUGUCUCUAGCUCAGACCUCAGUAGCAGCUCUAACACCAGUGUGGACAUGGCCACUGGUGAGGGGGGUGGAGCCGUCGAACGCUGGGGUAUCUUCGGACCACGCCCCCUUGUCCAGCAAUCUAUUACCGAACCAGGUACGGAACACACAAACACAGGGGGUUUUGCUCUUCAGUCAUAUCGUGGGGCCCAGAAGCCCACCCCCAUGGAGGUGAUGAAGGCCCAAGGGUCUCUGUUGGCUGACGACUCAUCUAUCGACAAACAGGCCCCGCCCAAGAUGGAAAUCCCCUCCCUGGAGGGUGGUAGACGGUCAGCCCGGCCGCACAAACUCAAACAUCGAGACAUAAACGUCCUCACUCCCUCAGGCUUCUGAGAGGUACCAUGUCAGCACUGCUCCAUCAUUUUCUGCUUGGUCAAGUCCAACUAGAGGCGUCCACCUUUACUUCCCUCGACCUUCAUAUCAGCUGGAAUUAUAUCCCUUCGAUGUCUGUGAUGGAAACUGAGAAUCCUGACAAAUGUCUUAAAGAAAAUCUUCCUGUUAGAUACUGUAUUUGGAUUUGUAGUUUUCUCCCUUGCACUAAAAGAUUGUUUUAUUUGUGUGUCUGUGAUAAUGUUUGGUUCCAGUGCCAUUUUGUUUUGC